AUGACCUCGACCUGCCUGCCAGCCAUCCGUGCCACUCCAUCCGCUCCCUGGUGCCCACUCCUCUCGGGAAAAGAGAGCCGUGCCCCAUGCGUGCCGUCCUCACUUAAGCCAAAGAGCCAAUCUCGUCGAGGCGAUGCCAUUGUUGCACAUGGUGCAGGCUCUUCCCUUUUGGCGCACAGUCACACAGACCUCAUUUCCUCUUUGGCGCGACAUUGCGUUACACUUAGCAGAAGCAACCACCGCAGCAACCACCACCAGUGGAGUAGCACCACCCAGAGCCAGAGGCAGGGAAGCGGCAAACAGCCGGUGCUCCGAUGGGUCGGUCGGUGCAUGUGCAUCGUGAGAAAGUUUACUGGAGACAUUCCCACAAGUAUUGGGAUUGUGCCGCACUCCUGCUCCCGGCUGCUCGGCUUGGACUCGGCCUCGGUCAGCUGUGACACUUGUUUGGCGCAUUUUGCGAGAUUGGCUCUUCGGAUUGGGCCAUUGACGAAAUCCACCUGCCCGAGGUGGCUGUAA